CAUACUUCGGGAUUCCCACUCUCCCACGGCUCACUUUCCACGUUCGCCCGCCGCGGUUAGCCCGCAAAUCGUUGGCCGAGUUUUGCUUUUGGCAAGGCCUGCGCGGCGCCUAGAUCUUUUUGGUCCUGGACAAUGCCACUGCAAUGCUUAACCCGCUGUGGUCCACAGCUGCCGCUGCGUGCACGAAGGAUUGCGGGCGCCAGCCUUGGCCCGAGCACGUCAAUGCCACGCCAGCAGCUCGACGGCCGGCUACGCUCCGGGCCCAGUCCCAUUCACACAGCCAGCCGUGACGAGGAUCUUGAGGUUGAGCGGGGACCUGCAGCAAGCAGCAACAGGAGCGGGAGCGACGCGCGGGAGACGCAGCAUGUCUCCGCGACGGAGCAGGCCGCUGUGCUGCGUAGUGCAUCUCCAGGGCAAGAACUGGGUAUCCUAAGCAGCAGCUCACUGCCAAACCUGAGCUGCAGCCCUCGCGACGCGAGCUGUGUCAGCAUCUCCACAAUUGCGGACCCGCGCAAGGACCCGAGCCUGUCACGGCAGGUUCGCGAGUACAUGAGUCAGCUGGUGGCGAGCGGCAUGCGCGCGGAGCGGGCGGCCCACAUCAUACAGCAGUGGAGCGGCGGCGGAGGUGUGGAGCGAGUGGAUCUGGCUCGGCUGCGGCGGCACUUCAUGACCGCCACACUGCUGCCCACACUGCAGCAGCGGCUGCCCUCGGCCCUGUCCGACGUGGCGCUCACCUCCGCCUGCUUCUGGAGUCUGGGGCUGCUGCCCACCGCGGACCAGUCGCUGCUGCACCCGGCACUGCGGGGUGCGCUGGUGGCUGUGAACCUGCUACUGCUGGUGCACUUCGCUAGCUGCAGCCUCAGGACCACUGGCCGUGUGGUCCGCAUCGGCAACGCGGCAGUCAGCUUCAGUCAGCAGGCGGAGCUGGUGCUGCUGGCGCUGCAGGCGCUGUCCAAGGGCCACGGCACCGUCCUCGCCGCCGCACAGGGCACCCCCCUGGCCGCCGUGCUGGCGGCGGACGAAUCCGACGUGGACCUGGACGCUGUCAUGGCCGCCUCAGACGCCGCCAUCGCGCACGCCAAGGCCGCCGCCGCCGGAGGCGGCAGCUCGGCGGCUGCGCCGCCGGCGCCGCCUUCGGCGGCGGCAACGGCGGCGGCGGCGGCUUCGCCGCCGCCGUCGGCUCUCAGCAGCCUGGAUUCCUUCCUGGUGCUGUCUGCGGCGGCGGCGGGCAGUGCCGACGCCACGGGCGCCGGCGGGCGGCCCACGAGUGCCAGUGGCCGCUUUGAUGCCGUGACGGAGCUGGGGCUGAGCGCAGAGGAGGCGGCGGCGGCGGCGGUGGCUUACUCGAGGUACGGUGACAGCAGCCGCGGCGGCCGCAUUGGUGACUACGAGCUGAGGCGCCUGCUGCAGGAGGCCGGCUUUCCCAGCCUGAGCCCCACUGAGCUGUCACUGGUGCUGCUGCUUCACGACCCCGACAAGAAGAGUUGGCUGAGCUUCCGAGACUGGGCCACUUGGUGGGCAGGUGCGGCGGCAGCCGUCGCCACACCUGCUACUGCCGCGAAGGAUGGCCGGCAGUAGCUUGUCCAUUAACAAGAUUGCCAGGAUGUUUACGUCUGAGAAGAGUUGGAGAAGGGAAGACCUAUUGCUAGCGGAGAUGAUGAGAAGGUUUGCGAUUGCCAACUUACAGCGGUAGCAACGCCGGAGCUGUAGCAGGCGGCGGCUGUUGUGACCUGGGUACCGGCUGAACGUAUUGCUGCUACUGCGUGCACUGCGGUGUUUGUUGCUGGUGCCGUCGGCGGCGGCCGGGCCGCGAUUGAGCCACGCCGCUGAGGCUACCGGCAGCAAACAGGCGUCCAAAUUCACCCGCGCAACACUUUUGGCGCCAGUAUCGUUGCAGCAGGGCUAUGUUGAAUUGCUUGGAUUUAUGCUGUACACGCGUUUACUAAGUUUUUUUACUAUAAUACACCCGUCUGAAGUGCGUGCACUUCAGCGCACAUGCAUUGUGGACGCGCAGCAUGAACGCACCGAGUGCUCCGUCGUAGGCCGCAACAUCAUUCAAUUGGUCUGGACUGUUUGUGCGCGUGAACAGUAGUAAGCGUGUCUAGCUCGGGGACUGGGGGAUUGUGGGUUGAUCGGGGGGUGUCGUUGCGAACUCGGUUUUUGGCGGUGUGACCGGGGAACACUUGUUGGAGGUGUGGCUUCAUGCAGAAGCAAUCGCAUCCGGGCAGGAGGGAGCACGAGAGAAAGAGAGAGUGGCAUUGCGGAUUCGCGCGAGGGAUGAUGACGAGUGCAGAGGGUGGGGCGGCGAAGAGUGAUGAGCGUUUAAGAGGAAAGGGCCGUGCUUUCAAUGUAUCGCCACGCACGCACGGACCCGAAUCGUGCUGCUUGGGUGCGGUGCUUAAGGAGGAUGCAGUGAAGAGGAUGCAGUGCUGUGCCGCGUGUGCUGCUCACGUCCUGUACGAUGCUAGCGGGGCGAAGUGGAUACACACACAGCCAUGGCCAUGGACGUGCGUAGCAGAGCGAAGGUGUGGGCGGCGGAAAGAGAAGAUCUAUCGGCGCACGCAUGCAAUACGGUAUGCAGCCUGUGUACUCAUACAUACAUCGGGAUCAUUGUGUGCUGCAUGUGCUAAACGCUUGGUCAAGAAAAGGAGGAAGGGUCGUCGGACGUGCGGCGAGAGCUGAGGGGCGUAGUUAGCCUCAUACAGUUUGUAUGAUGACGCGCAACAGCAAUGCGCCGGCUGGCGCGUGUGUGUGCGCUUGUGUAGGUAGCGUUGCAUUGUUAUGGACAACGUUGCACAUUUGGCACCCACCGUACUGUACUUGGUCACGUGGUGGAACAUUUCUUGAGCACCCCUCUUACACGUUGAAUGCAACAGGCAAUGCCGU